AUCAUGGUCUUCAUAAAUGUAGUCCCUUUGGAGUAUGGUGAGGGCCCAACAUAUAUAUACUGAAAAUUCGAAUCAAACGUCCAAUUUUGGCUCAGUGUAUAAAGGCAUCCUUGGUGACGAUAGAUCAAUUGUUGCAAUUAAGGUUCUAAAUAUUCAACGUCAAGGAGCUUCCAGGAGCUUCGUCUCCGAGUGUGAAGCCUUGAAAAAUAUUCGUCACCGAAAUCUUGUGAAGAUCAUAACUUGUUGCUCAAGUGUGGAUUUUCAUGGCAAUGAUUUUAGGGCUCUAGUUUACGAGUUCAUGCCAAAUGGAAGUCUAGAAAAUUGGUUGCAUAUGGAUCUAGAAACAAAUAUCAUGCAGGUAGAGAUUCGAAAUCUGAACAUUCUUCAAAGAACAAACAUUGCCAUUGAUGUCGCUUGUGCACUUGAUUACCUACACCACCAUUGCCCAAUGCCAGUUGUUCAUUGUGAUAUAAAGCCAAGCAACAUUCUUUUCGAUUGUGAUAUGAUUGCUCAUGUUGGAGAUUUUGGGCUUGCGAAGUUUCUUUUAAGACUUACCUAUUUGAAAGAAAGUAGUUUGAUUGGAAUAAGAGGAACAAUUGGGUACACCCCUCCAGAGUACGGUUUAGGAAGUGAGGUGUCAACCAAAGGAGAUGUGUACAGCUAUGGAAUUUUAUUAUUGGAGAUGAUAACAGGAAAGAGACCCACAGAUAGUGUGUUUGAGGGAGGCCUUAACCUUCACAACUAUGCUAGCAUGGCCGUACCAGACAGUGUAAUGGAAGUUGUGGAUCCAAAACUUUUAAAUAAUGUUGAUGAAGUUCUUGGAAAUCACAAUGGUUGCCUUGCAAAUAAAAUAAAGGAGUGUUUGAUAUCCAUGGUCAAGGUCGGAGUGGCAUGCUCUAUGGAGUUGCCACAAGAACGAUGGGACAUUAGCAAGGCCAUCUCUGAGUUGCAUUUGGUUAGGGACAUUAUUCUUGGUGCUAGGAUUUAGCACAUCAUGCUUGGCUAUA